UUUAGUUUAGUAAAUUAAUGCAGCAAGAAACUCCCAAGAUCUGGCGAGUCCUAGCAGGGGAGAGAGGGCAGAGGGGAAAUGAGAUGCAUUAGGAGGACAGUGAGCCACUUUCUUUCCGAGCACAAUGGAAGUGCUUCCCAAGAAACUUCCCCUUCACUCCCCUCCGCUCUAGCCCUGAGCAAUGGGACACCUUCCCUACAGCAGCAAUAACUUAUUCGGGAGGAAAAAAGCCCAGGAAGCAGGAAUCAACAGCAUCCAAACGGCGGGCAGGAAAGCGACACAACCGGGACUGCAGCACGGCUCCACACUGACAAAUUCCUGUGGAUGUAAUUAGGAAGACACCCCGGCCAGCAGCGGAGAUUAAACCCUGGGGUUCUUGAGGGUCUUCGCGCCCCCCCAACUCCCAUCUCACCCCCGCCACCCCGAUGGCAAACCUACACCCGCUGCGCCUCCCGCUCUCGCCAGCCUGAUGUCCGGAGCGACAUCCCGCUGAAGGGAGGUCUCGGCGCGGGCAGCCCGGUGCUCCGGCCCCAGCAGCACUGCAGUGGCGGUGGCGGGGGCCCCGGCGGAGGAGGGACGAGCCGAGGCGGCGGCGGAGCGGGGCCGCUCUCCGCGGUGCUGGGCGGGCGCGCUCCGGGCGCUGUCCGGGUGCUGAGCGGGGCCCGCCGCUCUCCGCGGUGCUGAGCGGACCCUCCCGGCCGCGCCCCGGCCCCGGCAGGGGGGGUUCGCUUCCCCCCCACCGAUUCUUCCCCAAGUGCCGGGUUACUUUAUUGGCCAACCCCACCGGCCCACCCCUCACGGAGUACAAAAAAAAAAAAACAACACCAAACCAAAACAACAACAACAAAAACCACCAUCAACAACAGCAAACAGCGAGAGCUGGAAAAAUGUGCAACGUCAACGCGCUCGGAGUCUACGUGUGGGAGACGAUCGUUUUCUUCAGCCUGGCAGCCUCCAAAGAAGCUGAAGCAGCAGCACGGUCUGCCCCCAAACCCAUGUCUCCUUCUGAUUUCUUGGAUAAGUUGAUGGGGCGAACUUCAGGAUACGAUGCCAGGAUCAGACCAAAUUUUAAAGGACCGCCAGUGAACGUCAGCUGCAACAUUUUCAUCAACAGCUUUGGCUCGAUUGCAGAAACAACCAUGGAUUACAGGGUGAACAUCUUCCUGCGACAGCAGUGGAACGACCCACGGCUGGCGUACAACGAGUACCCCGACGACUCCCUGGACCUGGACCCCUCCAUGCUGGACUCCAUCUGGAAGCCUGACUUGUUCUUUGCUAAUGAGAAAGGGGCCCACUUCCAUGAGAUCACCACAGACAACAAGCUGCUGAGGAUCUCCCGAAAUGGCAACGUCCUCUACAGCAUCAGGAUCACACUGACUCUGGCCUGCCCCAUGGACCUGAAGAACUUCCCCAUGGACGUACAGACGUGCAUCAUGCAGUUAGAAAGCUUUGGCUACACAAUGAAUGAUCUCAUAUUUGAGUGGCAAGAAAAAGGAGCAGUACAAGUUGCUGACGGGCUGACAUUGCCUCAGUUUAUCCUCAAAGAAGAAAAAGACUUGAGAUACUGCACAAAGCACUACAACACAGGCAAGUUCACCUGUAUAGAAGCUCGUUUCCACCUGGAGAGACAGAUGGGCUAUUACUUGAUCCAGAUGUACAUCCCCAGCCUCCUUAUUGUCAUUCUGUCCUGGAUCUCGUUCUGGAUCAACAUGGAUGCUGCACCAGCUCGUGUUGGCCUGGGGAUCACCACAGUGCUCACUAUGACCACACAGAGCUCUGGUUCCCGAGCAUCACUGCCCAAGGUGUCCUACGUGAAGGCCAUAGACAUCUGGAUGGCUGUGUGCUUGCUGUUUGUGUUCUCUGCACUUCUAGAAUAUGCUGCCGUCAACUUCGUGUCUCGGCAGCACAAAGAGCUGCUCAGGUUCAGAAGGAAGAGGAGGCAUCAUAAGAGUCCCAUGCUGAAUCUGUUUCAGGAGGACGAAGCUGGUGAGGGCAGGUUCAACUUCACCGCCUACGGGAUGGGACCAGCUUGCCUACAAGCCAAGGAUGGCAUCUCUGUCAAGGGGGCCAACAACAACAACACGGCCAACCCGGUGCCGCCGCCGUCCCGCUCGCCCGAGGAGAUGCGGAAGCUCUUCAUCCAGCGAGCCAAGAAGAUCGACAAGAUCUCCCGCAUCGGCUUCCCCAUGGCAUUCCUCAUCUUCAACAUUUUCUACUGGAUCAUCUACAAGAUCGUCCGCAGAGAGGACGUGCACAACCAUCAUGGGUUUGCCGAUCAAACACUUUGUGACUUUUGCAUAGAGGAAAGCAAAUACAUUAUCUCUCUCAUCCCCAUCAGAGAGCUUCCUAAGGAAACACAGGAAGGACAUCAGGGCCUUCAUCAGAAAUCACAGGUACCUUAUGUCCUUUCAAACAACCUGGCAGAAUUCGAGUCCCAGGAGGCAGAAAUGCUAUUCAGAAUGCUAGAAAUUACGAAGAGUUUUUAAAAUAGGAUUUCUUUCAUUUGUUUUGGUUGGGUUUGGUGGGGUUUUUUUCCAAACCCCUUUCUGCCAUGUUUGUUUGCAAUGGGGGGAUGGAAGUGAUUGUAUUUAAAAUAUAGAGAAAACAGGCAUCUUCUUGCCUCGUUGUGACAGGACCGGGCAUGUGGCAAUACUGUCAGUAAGGGGGGGGGAAGGUGUGUAUAGAGAGAGCAGCUCUUAUUUUCAGACAUUUCAUAGCAGUAAUAUUAAUAGUGAAGCUGGGUCAAUGGACCCAAAACUAUAUUUUUGUAUCUAUUUUGGUGCUGCAUUUACCUUUAACGAGGAUGGGAAGAUGGAGCAGGCUGCUUUGCCCCUCUCUGCUACCUGGCAGAGGCUGGCACAGCUUGGUGGGGAUGGGGAAAGGGUGGAGGGAGGUGGGAAUGGGUGAGCAAAGGGGUUUCCCUUUGGCCAAGUGGUAGCACACGUUUGUGUUGGUGUUUGGGGUAGGGGAGAAUGUGCCAAACACCUCUAGGGUAUGACUUGAAAGCCUGGCUUGGGGCCAGUGGGCAAGUUAAGGGUUUGGUGUCCCACUUGCCUCUCUGGGACCCUGGGUGUGAGCUGGCUGCAGCACCCAGGGUGACUCAGCUGUGUUUGUUUGCACUUUAGUAAGGCAGAUAAAAGAGAGCACGAAGGAAGAGACAAUCAGUCUGCACUGAAGCACUUGGGGUCUGGUCUGGGUUAGGCACUAAAUGAAGGCAAAGAGACAAGUGGCACCCAAGGGAGGCUGGAGUCAUGUUCAGCCAUAGGUGUCCCAGCCAGCACAGCAAGAGGCAGGCAUGGGAGAGGGUAGGGGAGCCAGGGACCUGUGAGCUGUCCUACACAGGGGUGGUGCCAAGUGGACAAAGCCCAGAGAAAGCCCCAGAGCUCUCUUGGGCAGGAUAGGGGGACACCCAUCUUUGAGGCUGCCAAUUCAGCAUCUUUCACCAGCACUAAAUACACUUUAUUUAAAGAGAGAAAAAAAAAUAAAAAAGAAAGAAAUGAAGAAACAAAGGAUAAGAAUAACAAGGGGGAAAAGGGAGAAAAAAGAUAAAAACCGUGGUGGUUACUGUGUGGACUAGGGCAAACGGCAGCAUUUCCUAAUAUUUUGGCAAAAGCCAGCCAGCUUUCUGAGUCCCUUUGUGCUGCUGAGAUAGGGAAAGGUCACACCACACGAGUGUGAAUCAGUACAUGAGCCCCUUCCCUCCACUGGAGCAGCAGGAAACCCGUGGGCUGAGGAUUUCUGCUUCCCCUGGCAGACGGUGCUUUCCCAAGCAGAGAGAUCUCAAGCUGUCAAGCAGAGGCGUUUUUUGAUGCUAGGACAACAUCCCUAGCCUUGGCUGGAGCCCAAGUUUGCUGCUGGCUCUGGGUUUGCUUGCUGAAUUAUUGAACUCUCCCGGGUGCGCCGGCCGGCCGUGCCAGCUGCGGUUUGCGCGAUCGCUUCAAACGCCGUGUCCUUGUCUGAGAUGAAAGGCAAAUCCAGGGAAUUUCCUCUCCUGCCCGGCAGCAGGGCAGAGUCUUGGCAGCCCACGCGCCACGGCUCCUUCCUCACGCAGGUGAAUGACUGCAAAUUGCUGUCGUUUGGGAAAAAAAGAGGUCCUGCCUGGAUGCCCAGACCUCGCGCUUUGGCGUCGGGUAAUCUGGCCGUGGUUCACACACCUUCAGUCUCCCCUGGCUACGCGGGGUGGCUCCCAGGGCACAGCCAGCUGCAGUGCUGUGGGUUUCCUUCCUGACUGCAGCUGCCCUCAGGAGUUGCCUGUAGGUUAAGAAAUCCCAUGCACCAUCCUCCCACCCAACCGAGUUUUGAUCCUACAUCCCGAGGGCAAGAGCAGAGCAAGGAGAAGGAAGACAUUUCCACCUCACUUCACCCUGCUCCAGCUCAAGACUGAAGCACCCCGUGUUCAUCCUACACCUACUGUUGCAGAUGCAGUUACACUCACAGUUGCUGCUUCACUAGAGCUCCAGUGCCACUUCUUGGCACGGAGUAAGGCCAGAGGAUGGCAAUUAGGGACUAAAAAUCAUCAGAAAGAUACUUAUGUUUCCUGCCCAUACAGAAGCACUUCAGCUGCUAGUAGAGCCCAGGGAGUUUAGGGACUAAAAUAAGAAGGCUUACCAGCCUGCCUUUGCUUCCAGUUCAGCUCUGCCAAACACUGGGCACAUUUGAUGCCCACCACAAGCAGCAUUAUUUUCUCUUCUUAAGCAGCCAGUUUCCAUUUGAGCCAUCUUCCAGCUCCAGGGCUGCCUGCGCAGUGACAGCCAGCAGCACUCACAUCCCAACAGGAAACAUGCAGGGAUCUUGGUAAAGGUGUGACUGUGCUGAGAUAACUGUCCCAGGGAUGUCCUGCCAGAGAGUUUCACCACAUAGGCAAGACUUUAGACUGUCCUAGGAGCCCCUGGCAAGUCUGUGCAGUUUUCAAAAUCAAAUGCUUUUCUCCAUUUGUACUAGGUUGUGUUUAGUCUCUGUAUUGCAAAAGAACUCACUUUGAUAACCUAUGUCAUCUUCAAAGUAGGCUGCUUGGAUAGUGCCAGCAAUUAUAUUUAUUAGUUAGAAUGCAGAGUAGCUUCCAGGAAUAUUGAUGGAAUUUAACUUCGCAAUUAUUAUCUCUUCUUAAGAACAAGGCUCAGAAGAAAAACCUCUGAAUAAAACAGAGGUUUGAUCUGGCAGUAAAGAGACAAAAUCGGGUCCUAAUUCAGUUGGAUUCUUUGGAAAAAGAGAGCUUUAUCCCAAAUAAUAUUACUUCCAGAUGUUGCUGGAGGUUUAUCGCUUCAUGAGCAGGAAUUCUUUUUCCUUAGACAUAAAUAUAAAUUAUUGAGAAUAAAUAAAAAAAAAAAAAAGUUGGAUAAACUUACUAUUUUUUGAUCAGGUAGAAGAGUUUUCCCCACUUUAAUUCCUGAUCAAAGUGGCUUUCCAUCUGGAAUCAAGGUACCAUGGAAAUCAGAGAGGAGCUGAACAGGGUCCAGGGCAGAGCAGGGAGCACGUGGGCUGCUGCAGAUUGAAGGGCUUGGCCUUGACCCUGGCCAAGCACCAGCUGCCUGUGAGCAGCUGCUCCGUGGCUCUGGUAGUGCUCUAAUUCUCCUGUCCUAGAGGCCUUUGCUGGUCAGGGCUGGGGGACUUUGCUCCUAAAAACAUCAAACAAUUUCAAAUGCUGAAUAUUCUCACAGCCUCUAAACAGGAACAUUUUUUGUUUUGUUUUCCUCAGACUUUUCUGGAAGUUUUUUCUUAUUCUUCUGCCCCUUCUAAGAUCUUUAGUUUUAAAGCAAAUCAAAGACAAUUCAAAUUACACUGUUGGUUGCUUAUCUUGACUGCGAUUUAAAGACCUUGGUUUCCUAAUGCUGAUGGAAAAAAGGUUAGAAACAUUUAGAGUGUAUAUUUUUAAAAAGAAAGGAACAUAUGAAAGGAGAAAAAGCUAUUUUCAAAGGUGCCAUAUUUUUCACAGAUUGUAUAGAAUCAUAUUUUUGUACUGUACUACCAUUGCUUAAUAAAACAUAGUUCUUAUCCCUGUGCCAAAGACAGACAAUCUCUUUCAAUACCCCAUUCUUUACUCCAAAACCUUGCUACUGGCAGCAGUGGGUAACACAACACGGACCUCUGGUACCAAAAGCCCCAAUCCUACCAGUGCAGCUGCAGGUCUGGGUCAUUGCCUCCCACAUGGACAUUGUGCAUCUCCUGUCUGGGUGACUGCAGGCAGCACGUCCUGCCCUGCUGCAGCAUCCCACAGAGCUCAGCAAGGGAAGUAUCUAAUCCAUUCUCUGCUUGGAAGCACUCACACACUCCUAUCUUCUUCUCAAAAGGAGAUGGAUGGAAGGGCCAUCUUGUGCUGCUCCUACUUCAAUAGAUUUCCAUCAUUUGUAUGGAGACAGUACAUUAGUAGCUAAAUAGAAAAUUGAGAUACAGGAUUGUUCUUCAGGGUGCUAGGAUGGGCACCAAAGCAGAAACUCAUUAAUUUUAGCAUCUUAAAUUAUUUCAGGUUCUUUAAGUCUUCCCAUUCCCUUCUCUCUCUCUCCUUAACAAUUAUUUCUUAAGGGCAGUUACACAUCUCUUGCUCAAAUGAACCUACACAAGCCUCUCACUUCAUUCAAGUCUAUUGUACUUUUCUGCAUUCAUCUCCUCUCGUUUACCACCUGAAUGUUCACUCCUAUGGGGCUCAGUUCCUCAGCACUGCAACCUUUGAAGGGCCUGACACAGAUCAGUGUCUUGGGAAAUGCAGAGCAAAAUAUAGGACUAAAACCAUUCCCCCUAAGCAGGCAGGGUAACAGCUACCAGGGAAGUGCUUUCACAGCCAAGCAUGAGGAGGACUCCAGGGGAAUGUGAGGGUGGCCAGUAAGGGCUUUUUUGACUGUGCUCUUUAAAAGCAAAGCAGCAUAAGUCAGAGAGAAUGCAGUCUUUUGGGCUAUCAUCCCUCUAGGGCUCCAUGUUUUACAGUGAUCCAGCUACACAGCAGCUGUUUAUUGGAAAUCGGGUUCUUGUAUUCCCAGUCUCCUUCUACCAUGGUGUGUAGCAAAGAGCCCCACAGGAAAUGAGCUGCAGUGAACCAGGUGAGGUGUAAGGAGCUGUUGCACAUUUUGCACAGAGCAUCCACUCCGAGCUUCUCCAGGCUCUGCCUGCAGAUGUUUGCACUGGAUGAGACAUUCUCCUCUGAGAACUGCUGGGAUGAGCAGCCCUUGGGUGAUACCACCGUGCAGGACCAUUGAAGUGCACAGCCCAGGCUAGGGGUACUGGAGGUAGCUUAAUAGUGGAAAGCACAGGCUGAACAAGGUGAGGACUCCCAACCUGUGAGCUGCCUUGCAGCAGGCAUCCCAUGCACUGGAAUUAUGACCCUUUUGUUUGCAGGUUCUACAGCCUUCCUUGUUCAUCUUUUCCCUCACUCACCCUGCCACGUUGUCCCAGCAUCACGCUGCCUGCUGCUGUAACAUGGGAAAGGACACAAAUCACAUGGCAGGCUACAAGGAGAAGGAUUACUUCAGUCCCUAGCAGAGGAUAUUACUGGUUAAAUUGCCAAAUGAGGAUCCUGGCAAAGACCAGCAGAGAAGAGAAAGGAAAAGGAAAAGCAAUAGGAGAGGUUUGUUUGCAUGCCACAUCGCUCCUGGCAUUCAAGGCAGACAGUGGUAACAGGUGUGGUGCAAGGCAGCAGGAAUUAUGAGACUGUAUUAAGUAAUAAGACCAUCAAGUUUAGCAAACCCAAGUUGCAGUCCUCAUGCACUUUACUGCCAGGUUUCUGAGCAGAAAUUAUAAGGGAGUCUUAUGUUUGUGAUAUUCCUCCUCCUGGGUCUAUUAGAGAGAGAGUGCUGAAGCCCACCCUGGGAUAGAGCUGGCUCCCAGCAGUGCUGGAGAUGGGUCAGCCAUGGUUUGACCCAGACCACGCACAGAGAGAGUGAACAGAUGGAACAGAUUCAGCACAAGGGGAUGUUGCCACUUUGGGGAAAGGCAGGAAUUGCUUCAUGUUGGCUUAACAAUCCCUGCAGCACUCAAAACAUUGCUGCUGGGGCUCACAGGCUCUGCUUAGUGCUGCCACAAAAAGCACAUGGGAGAGGGACCUUAGCAGUCUCCUGAGAGCAGCAGUUCCAGCAAGAGGAUACAAAUGCUGUUCCCAGCCUGAGGGUCAAACACGUCAGCACUUCCAGUAUAAAAUCAUCCAUGUUUUUCUGGGAAGGGGACAACACCAGCAUAAAUAAGCCAUCAGUCUGGUCUGAAAUUAGCUUUUAUUUAUAGAUUUGCCACUUGAAUUGCAUAAGUAGCUCAAGCCAAACAAGGACACCCUCCUCACCUACCCAGGGAACUGGGGCAUGAGGUACUGUCAUUAACUACGUGCUCAGGCUGCGAGUGUGUCACUGCUGUGGCAGGUGAGUCAAGCUUGGCAGGGACAAGUAGAGCUGCCUGGAGCUGCCAAGUCUGAGGGGCACAGAGCUUGCAGGUAGUUUUUGCUGCUAAGGCUUUUGGGAAGCUGGUCCCAGGACUGUUAGCACUGUAGCAAACCCCCUUCCCCAGAGGAUCUGUGGGAAGACGUGUCUGCCUUAUCCAGGCACUUGGUGACACUGAGGCACUGCUGGGUUACCUGUGUGACAAAACCAUGAAUUAAGCUUGAGGCUGCAGACCAGCUGAGCCAGUUGGCCUGGGUUAAAUACACCACAGAAUUUGGGCACUAAAUUACAGCUCCAGGUUCAAGCCUGAAUCAACCUUGCAGUGAUGACACCCUCACGGUCACAAUUACAGUGGACGCCUGAUAAUUGCUUAAGUCAGCAUUGCCCUGUCCUAACCCUGCAGAGAUCAACAGGGCAUGACUUCCAGUGAUAAAAGAACUGGGGCCAGGGCUCCAGUGUUUCUUGCUGGACACCUAGUCCCCAAACACUGACUUUUACUGAACUAAAACUAUGCAACAUUGAAGAGAUUGUGCCACGGGCGGUGCCUUAGCCACCUCUCCUGGAUAUGCACGUACACGUGUUCAGAAGUAUCCUCAUGACAGUUACUUGUGAUGGGCUAAAGAACCAACACGAGUUUCUGAAGAGCAGGACCAGCUCUGGAGCUUGUGAUGUGCCACAGGAGGACACAGCUGUGUUGUGACCAUAGCUUCUCAGCCAGGUCUGCUCUGCUGAGGCUGCAGUGUUAGAGAGCAGAGGAGUCCCGACAGUUCAACUCCCUAGCCAAGAGUAGAGUGAAGGCAGGGAUCUGAAAUGAGAAAGGAAGAGCAUAUCAUGGCUUCUGUAAGGCAGAGGAGCCUGUAGUACUUACUCCUUGCUGUAGUUAAGUGCAGUCACAAUUGCCACCUGUCCAUAUGGUCUUCCUGGGAGUCAAGGCUUUAAAUACUGCUGCUUAUUCCUUGAGGAGCUGGAAAGAAUUCAUGAGGCUUGACUUGUCCCAUGGAGGAAGAGAUAUGGUACAGCAUGGGCAGUGUCACCUCUAAAAACAGAGCUUGAGAGACCAGUAAAUAAAGACAGGAAGUGGAGAAGGGGUAGCCUCUGUAACAUAAAAAUGGUGCUGGAAAUGCAUCUCACUGAACAACUGCACACCAGGGUACAUCCCUCACAGGCAGGAGUACAAUGAACAAUCCUGGCAAGUCCUUGAUCAGAUGCAUGCCUCCACUUGCCAUCAAUCCCACUUUUGAUCAGGAAAUAGAAUAAAUUUAAAACCCCAAACAAAUAAAAACCCAUCACUAAUGAAUUAGCUAUUGAUACAUCCCCUCCUUACCAUUUUGUUUAAGUGACCAAGGCCAGUCCUACUGGUCACAGCAGUAGAGCUCAGCUGUACAAAAGAUGCUCAGCUAGAGGCUGACUCAACAAAAUCCUAGCAGAAGGGAGCAGAAGUUUCUUUGCCUUGUGCUUGUCUAGUCCAGGAAACAACUGAACCAGGGCUUUGAAACACUCUGCCCUGCCUACAUUGAAUUAAUAUCUUUCCUUUCUGUCCCACUCUUCCCAAAUCUGCUUAUGUUUCUAUUCAAAACACUUGCAUUCUUCCAAUUCCAGGGUUAGAUCAGAAGAGAAAAUAAGCUCAGAAACAGCAUGGACCAAGCUGACAAAUCCCCAAGUUAACCUACUUGGAAAACUGUAAAAACAGCAUCUCCAUCGCCAGGCUGAUGUUCCACACUCCUCCACCCCCUUCACAGCCCUCCAGCCCUGAGCAAGGUAACUAAACUUGACAGGGCUGUUGGAGAAACACACAGUUCAGAACCAUAAUUGAUACAUCCCUCCUUAAAUCAGCUCACAGCAGCAGGUUAAUCUGGGGAUCUGUCAGCUUUGGGAGUGCCCAAAUUGUAACUUUUGGGAAGCAAACAUUAAGGUCCAACAGUGAUGUUGUGUGAGAAUUUGAGAAACAGGUAAGCAAUUCCUUCCCCUGGCUGGGAGGAGUGACCUGAGUGACCUGUUGUGCUUGAACUCUGCCUCUGAGCUCCAUCUCGCUGCUCGGUGCAAGGUCAGAGCAUCUCACUGUACAAGCAGCACGGCGCUCCCUGGGACUGGGGCGGGAGGUCAGGGGACACCAGCAGCUCCAGAGGCACGGGAGAUGGUAUUAAGGCACAAAGGCCAAGGGACUUAACUCACCACAUGCAUGUGGAUUUAAUUAUCCUGAAAAAUGCACUGCUUGGAGCAUCUCAAGCCUACUGUGAAAUAGAAUUCGUACACAAAAAGAUAAGUCUGUGUGGUUCCCAAGUCUGGUCACGACACGCUGCCAGCACUAAUCAUGGCCAGAGCUCACCUCUUCUUUAUGGACUUACCAAGCUGCAGCAAAGAGAUGGCUGUUUCAAAAGAACUGAAACAGAAGGCAACUGUGCUAAAGCCAUUCACAUGUCUGUGUGUGAGAUACAGCGAAACUUCAGCCAAUUAAGAGACUAAAAGAGAGAUGUAAAGGCGAAGCAACACACUACGGACUUCAGCCAAAAAUGGCCUGACAUGCAAAGGUCACUGCAUUUCAUCGCAGUUUACCAUCCCUGCAGCAUUGGUGACACCAUCCUGGAAGCAGCCUUUAAAUCCUGAUGAUGCACAAGCCUGUCUGAAGCAGCUGUUUGUGACCACCCACCCGAGAUCAAACCACAGCCAUGGGCAGGCUAAACACCAUCGUGGACAGGGACAUUUUAUGGACUGUUCUCCCUCACAUUCUACCACAGUGUACAGCAUAUCAUGCUUAUUAUAUUACAAGUGAUGAGUAAUGAAAAACUUACAUUUAAGUGAUAUAAAAAAAGAGGGGAGGACCCAGGAAUUUCUCCCGUCCAACUAUAAACGCACAUCCAUUUACAUUGUUUUGUAAAUGAAUUUAGAAGAAAAAUAAAAAUACUAAGAUAUUUCCCUUCAGGACAACCAUUGCACAUUUGGUUUUACUUUGGAGGGGAGAUACAAACACACACAGUAGGAAUACUUUCCAGUUGAAAACAUGCAAAAUAAAUAGAAGUGGGAACAGUU